GUGGUUGCAUCGAAUAUAACUUUAAUAAACCAACUUUAUAUAAAAACACAACUUUGAAGUGCAAUCUCCAUUGUUGAAUCUUCAAGCUCUUGCAAUUCAAUUGAAGAAGAAGAAGAAGAUGGCAUCAAUCUCAGCUUCCAUUUCCACCUCAUCACCAUCCUUCUCUUUGCUCCAAAAGCCCACCACCACUGCCCAUGGUUCCCCGGUUCUUGGGUUGCCAUCAAUGAGCAAGAUGGGGAAAGUGAGAUGCUCAAUGGAAGGUAAGCCCGCGGUCACAUCUGACGACAAUGUAUCGAAGUUGAGGAUGGGUGCAUCGUCAUUGAUGGCUGCCGCGGUGGCUGCAACCAUGUCGAGCCCAGCGGCCAUGGCUUUAGUGGAUGAGCGAAUGAGCACCGAAGGGACCGGGCUGCCGUUUGGGCUAAGCAACAACCUUCUUGGGUGGAUCCUUUUUGGUGUGUUUGGUUUGAUUUGGACACUUUACUUUGUCUACGUUGGUGGCCUUGAUGAGGAUGAGGAGUCAGGUUUAUCGCUUUAAACUUUUUUUUUACUUGAAAUGACAAUUUAAAAAUUGUGAUGGACUUAUGUGUAAUAUUGUUCAUGUAUCAGUUUGUACUUUGAUUGUGGAGUAUUUGUGUUUAUGAGAAUUGCACUUUUUUCCCUCGAGAUUUGAAUAUGAACACAUACUUCAU